UGACAGGGUUCUUCUGUAAACCUUAGCGAGGUUCAGGAUAAAGGUGAUAAGAAAUAUGACGAUUGGGCGUUUAUUGGUGUUUUCAUAAAAUAUUUAUUUGGUGCGUUAUAUGAAACUGCCGUCAAUUAUAAAAAAAAUGUAUUUAUCAUACUAAAAUAUAUUUCAAAAUGUGCAUAAUGCUAAAAUAAUUAUCGGAUCAUAUUAUUUAGUGACACACUUUAAAAUUCUUUAAAUAAUUGUUUAAUCUUGAUUUCACUGAAAUAAGUGAAAUAGUCCUAAUGAAGUCUCUGUUCUUCGAAGUUUAGGCUAAUAAGUACAAUCUAUUCCUAUCACCAAUAAUAAUAUAUGCUUAUUAGUAUCUAAUCGUACCCGCUUGCAUAACCUUAUUCUACUAAUUACGUACUACGCUGGUAUUUCGCCAAAGGUUUUUUUAAGUGACGGGAAUGAGCACUAUUCAUUGCAGUUGUUCUCUUGUGUAUUGAUAAGUAAAUAUCUGACACCUUACCAGCCGGGUUCAAAGUCAGUGGUGCAAGCGGCUUUAGAUAAGGCCCGGCCUCUACUACCAGUGCAACCUCUGCCUUCCAAAGGCAAGAAAGAAGAACAGCGAGGUGUCAAAACCGCAGGCGCACUCAAAAAGGACGCGGAGAAGAAAGGAGCUCCUGCUGUUAAAGGCAAGGUAAGAAAGGAAAAUCUUUAGAUCUUUGUACUCAAAGAUGAUAGAAAGAAAUCAAUGAAACUUGUAGGUGUGUAAAGAAUCUUUGUUAUUUAAGUAGUCAUGAUAAAAUUCUUUUAAAUAAAUAGUAUUUCUCUAAAUUUACAUAGGCUUUAUCAAUGAGACUCUUAGGUGUGUAAAGAAUCUAUUACACUUUUUGUUGAUUGUAGUUGUCAUAUAAUUUUUCAAAAUAAAUCGUUUUCUCUGGACUUACAUUUGGCUAUGAAUAAGAAAAUAUUUUUUAUAAGGCAAUACCUUCUCUGUAUUUUGAUAUUUUUCCAAUUGUCUUAUCAAAACUUAAUCAACUAAUGUUUUAAUAAAUUAGAUGUUUAACUGUAGGGUAUCGCGAAACCAACGUCUGCCUCCAGCCGCGGCAAGAAAGAUGAUGAAGAUUGUUCACCUUUACUGCCGAACAACAAUGCAAAGAACCAACGCAUUAUAGAUGAUCAGAAAUUGAAAGGUAUUUAUUAUAUUACAAUGUCAAUAUUUUGACAUAAAUUCAAUUCACAGAAAAUAUUUCUGAUUGAUUUCAACUGGCAACUCGGUCAACUAACGAAUAAUUACAUUGCGUCAUGUCAGUUUGAUCUCGCUGUAUUAACAGCGCUAAUUGCUAGAUCAUCCAAGUUUUGAUUAUUAUUAAUGCUGUUAUGUUUCAGUGUUGAAAUGGAACUUCACAACGCCCCGUGAAGAGUUCUUCGAACUACUGAAAGAGCAGAUGUCAACGGCCGGACUGAAUAAGCAACUCGUAGCCAACAUGUUCCACAGCGAUUUUAGGUAUUUUUUAUAUAAUACAUCAAAACUGAAGUUUGGUUUGAGAUAAAUGGUAAUACGUAAAUAUAUAUAUAUCUAGAAAGAAAGAAAGAAAGAAAAAGUUUUUAUUGGCCUUUAAAUACAUAAAACAGCACAACACGUGCAACAUUAUUAAAAGAAAGAAAGAAAAAAAAAAACACCACAAAUAUAUAUUGGGUGGCCAACCAGGAGGCUCUCUCAGUGAUAUCUUUUGUGACAGUAAACAUCACAAAAGCACUGAUAUUCUAAGAGUCCCUGUCGUGGAGUGCCGUACUACUUAUAUUUACAACUAACAUCUGUAAAUGGAAAAUGGUAACAUCUAAAUCUGUAAAUCGGGGAGUGCUGCCCGAUGAGGAAUUAUCUAAAAUAAGAAGCCUUUUCCGAUUUUAUUGUAUUACAUAUAGAAAGAUUAGAGUGCACACUCAAAUGACCUUAUAUAUCAAAAUCAUAAUUCUCUGUUCACGUCGUGGAAAAAAUAGUUUUAUUGCGCUAUUUAGAUAUAAAUGAAUCAUUAUUAUAUUGUUACAGAUAUCACCUCAAAGCUAUCGAGGCUCUCUCAGAAGACCUUCAAGACAAUGGGCCUGCGCUAAUGGCGAAUUUAGAUUUAGUACUGAAAUGGUUGACGCUGCGAUUCUUCGACACGAACCCGUCUGUGAUACUGAAAGGUCUGGAGUACUUGUCACUGGUGUUUCAAUACCUGAUGGACAGUGAUUACACGAUGGCGGAGUACGAAGCGAACUGUUUCAUACCGUAUCUCGUUCUCAAGGUGGGAGAUCCUAAAGAUACAGUGCGCAACGGUGUAAAGGCAUUGUUCAGGCAGAUAUGCGUCGUAUACUCUGUGACCAAGUUGUUUGGCUAUUUGAUGGAGGGUCUCAAAUCAAAGAACGCCAGACAGAGAGCGGAAUGUCUGGAAUGCAUCGGCCACCUGUUGGAGACGUACGGCUCGACGGUGAUGUCGCCGACUGGUGGCGCGGCGUUGAAGGAGCUCGCGCGUCACAUCGGCGACAGAGAUAACGCCGUCCGGUCGGCCGCACUCAACUGCGUCGCCUGCGCUUACUUCCUCGAGGGGGAGAAGGUCUACAAGAUGAUAGGACAGAUAUCUGACAAGGACUUGUCUUUGCUAGAAGAGCGCAUAAAACGUGCGGGUAAAAGUCGAAGCGCGGAAGCACGACGCGCUAUGGUUGUACCGCUUUCCGCCACAGGGAAGCCUAUCUUACAACAACCAGAGGUUAAUAUACUCUAAAUACUUUUUUUUUUAAAUUAAGGAACGUACAGCACGAAAAUUUACCUUCUGCACAAAUUAAAAAGAGCAUUAACAAGUGAUUUGUCACUUGUGAUAUUUAUAUGAAAUAUGGUUAUUAUAUUAAAAAAACUUCUAAUGAAGUCGGAUGAUUAUUAAUAUCGUACAGUCAACAGCACAUAUCUUGUCUUAUGAAUGAAUUAACACUUUAUUCUACAUGAAAGGAUAAAUCAACAUAACAAUUUACAUCAAUAAAC